UAAUGCUGAUUUUGGGCAACAUAAUUUAGGUACAAUUUAAAAAAGCCGAAAAGCUAUUUGAUUGUUUUUUCAUUCUAAACUGCAAAUAUUUCUUAAUAUGAGUUUACAUAAUUUAAUUUUUAAGCAGCAGUAGGCGUCUCAAUAUACAUUCAAACACUUUUGAGUUCCCUCGCUUCAGUUUUAUUUAUUUCCUCUUACCUGAAGGUAAGAAAUUAACUUAAGCUGCAAUAAAAAUGUCGUCGUACAUUUCGCGGUUACUUAAGGCGUCGUCCGCUUCCAAGCGCCUGAUCUCGAAUUUGACCCAGCGCGAGGGAAAACUUAACUCCUUGCUGCGACGCCUUGGAUUGCAGCGGCAGGGAGGAGCAGUAGCUGCUCCCGGACCGCGACCCAUAUCCACAACUCAGGUGCAAAAGUCUGCUCUGAUUGCGGACGAAGAACUGGCCACCGGUAUUCAGAAGCGCGAGAUGCUGCUGGCCAAGCAGGGCUGCGAAGAUCCCUGGGGAUUCUCCAGAGUCAUAAGGCGUGGCUCGGGAAGGGAGAACGAUCCCACAGUGGUGCCAUCGGCAUUCGAUGCCCGCCUCGUUGGCUGUUUAUGUCUGGACGACCGCAUGCCCAAGUGGAUGUGGAUCGAAAAGGACGAGGGACCGAAGCGUUGUGAGUGCGGUCACUUUUUCGUACUGAAGAACGUUCCGCCCGUCUAGAUCGACUUUACAGAGCGCUGUACACGAACACAGACACACUCGACAUGAACCUCACCGGGCAUUAAACAUUGCAUGAUAUUAUCAAAACAAAA